ACAGUUUCUGCUUUGCUGCUGUUCAAACCAUCACAUAAUUGCAUGAGCAACUGUUAAGAGGACUGCAGCUCUAAAGCUACGAUGUGAAGCAAAACCAUUGUGGAUUUUCUUUUCUUUUUAAUCACUGGUGGACUGAGACGUAGGAAGACAGUAAAGGCCUUGAAAUCUGUCAUUAUUGGCUCUGCUUUUCCAGGUUAAAUUAAGUUAUUCAGCUAUUAGCAACAGACUGCUGACUUUACAAAUCCAGAACUGUAUUUGUAGUUCGUUGGUGAAGACUCUUCUAUUUAUCAGGCAGAAAAGAUGUUGAGGAGACUUACUCAGAUCCUAGGUCUGCUGCUCUGCAUACUGGGCUGGGGUUUUGUGGGCUGCACCCUCGCUAUGGACCACUGGAGGGUGGCCAAGAUGGAGGUUCAAGGGGGCUCCCCUGUAGUGAUAAUGGCUUGGUAUUGGUCUGACCUGUGGAAAGACUGCUAUGAAGACUCCGCUGCUCUGGUGAACUGUGUAGACUUCGGGGUACUGUGGACAGUCAAAUCACACAUCCUGGCAGUCAAGGGGCUCCUGAUUAUUGGCCUGUGCCUCAGCUUGGUCGGUACUGUGCUCACAUUUUUCGGACUUGAGUGCACACGCAUCGGCGGAGACCAGAGAAGUAAAGACAGGACAUUAAUAACAGCCUCUGCUAUCCAUCUGGUUGGCUGCAUAUCGGACACGGCCGCUUAUUGUUUAUACAUAAACAAUGUGGUUUCAUCUUUUCUACACAGCAAAGCAGAUCCAUCAAAGCUGAGAUAUGAAAUUGGACCACCCCUCUACCUUGGCCUGGUGGGGAUUUUCCUCAUUUUACUUGGCUGUAUAGUUCACUGUGCAACUGCAUGCAGAGUUAACCACCAAAACAGCAGACAUCCCACAUCUCCCUUUAUCUGUGAAAAAGAAGAAGAAAAAGAAGUCUUAAGAGGACAAAAACAACUCUGCAGAUCUUCAGAAACGUCAAAUAAGUCCAGAAACGUCUUUUUCAACACAAUGGCAUCAGUUGUGACUGUGUAA